GGCCGGCGUGGCCGCUCUCAGGUUUCUCUGUGCCUAUGCUAAGUACAGAGCUUUCAUUUGUCACAUUUGUCAUAGUAUAUGCUGGUAUAUGCUCUGUGAGCUUAUUGUAGUACGGGUUUAAUGCCCAAUGCCAAUUGAUAUAACCUCGUCGUAAUUUGCUCUCGUUCAAGUUGAUUUUCGCUGAUCUUCAUUUACAAUUUUCACCACGUUUCGUAUUGUUUUGCGCGACAUACAUUUCGAUCACAUUCUCAUAACACAAAAUAUUUUUAACGCAAGUUUUUCACUCGAUUAAAGUAAAAUUAAGUAUGGUUCUCUUAUCGUUAAACCUCUUGGCCAGAUCCCGCGGGCCUGACGAGUUUUGGCGAAAACGAAAAAUAUUCAAGCUUGCCGCGCAUUAUCUCGGUAGAAGAAGGAAUUGUUACAGUAUAGCUAUUAAAAGUGUGCAUAGAGCUCUGACAUAUUGCACUCACGGCAGAAGGCUGAAAAAAGAAGAUAUGACAGAGUUGCGGGAGCAAAGGCUGGAAGCUGCUACAAACGAACAUGGUAUAAAUUUUGCGAUUCUUAAAGAAGGAUUAGCGAGAUGUAAUAUUCUGUUGAAUCGAAAAUCACUGGCUGAUUUGGCGAUUUGGGAACCUCGAUCUUUCAAAGCUAUUACGGAUAUUGCGUGUGCGAGAGCGAAGCAAGACCAUUUCAAGACUACCAUGAAUAUUCAAGUACCAAAGAGCGUUAUUGUAAGGGGUUUGAUUAAAUAAUUUUUCACGGGUACUAAAGAAA